GCCACUCGUGCUAUGAGGCCGAAUAGAGUACUCGACUAACACCAAAGAAACGAGGGGGGCAAAAGAACUUCUACGCGAGCACAAAGACCAACAAAAGUACUCAGUUUCCCGACGAAAGAAGAAGACGAAUAUCCGCGACAACAGAACACGAAAGUGUCAACUGUGUCAGCCGAGAUCGUAUUCGAUUGAAAAAAAAAUAAUAAUUAACAUACACAUUAGCGCCACCGUGGGAUUGGAAGGGAAUAGUUCUUCACUUUUAUUCACAUUGGCGGGCAUAUACUACUAACGUUUGUUUCUUUGUAUAAGCCGAUAACAUGCAUCUCAGUUCAUUUCUCGAACUUAUUUGUGUGGCGUAGAGCUUUCUGUGGCGCGCGUUUGUGUAUCUACACGCUCUGGCGAAGGAAAUAAGCUCUUCCGUUGCAGCGGCACUGUUAUCCUAUACUUCAAGUGCGGCCGCUUUUGUUUAUUCAUAUCUAGAGAGCGAGGUUUUUUUCCCCUCACGUGUGUAGGUAAUUUGUUCUCCUGUUGUUCGUUAUACCGCUUUGGAGGUCGCCAUUCUAAGUAUUACUGAACUUAUCCACAUUAUUAUUAAUAUUUGCUCUUCGUGUUUCACGCACGCGCUAUUCUCUCUUUUUUUUUUUGAGAUUCUUUCGAGUUCAGCAAGUGGGAAGAUAAUGGCACCGAAACAAAACUUCCGUGCUUUAAUUCAAAAUUUCGGCGUAAACAAAGUCAAGAACUCACCGAAGAAUCGCAUUCAGCAUGUCGCGCAAACGGCUCGCCAGUCGGCGGGUAGGAGCGACACAGCAGAACAAGAAUCCCCACCACCAUCAUCAUCAUCAUCAUCAUCAUCAUCGUACGUGAACAACACGAAGGCAAAUGCGCACGACAGCAACGCAGCAACCUCGAGCGCGUUUUCCACCGCCUCUGAUCACAGUCCUUUGGUGUCAAUGCUCGGACUGCAUCCAUGGAACGGCAAAGGCAACGCCACCGAGGGCGGCAACACACUUUCGUUGCUGGAGCGCCUGCAGCAGCGGCGCGUGCAGUUUCAAACGACCGCAAAUGUGCGGGAAAAACUGCAGCAGGCGUUUCAUACCGCCGUGAGCGCCUACGAGCAGCUUUCCGCCUCUGCCGCACGCACGCUGGAGUCUUCUUCUGGGGCUCCGUUGACAGUGAGCUCUUCUUCUCCUUUUGAAAAUCGGUACACAAACACACGCCAUGGCGACCAAGCCAAGAACGACUCACGUCAUGACAGUCACCGGGCCGCAGACGCCGCUGCCGCCGCGUCGUUUUACUUCGACAAAAUGCAGUCCACCUUCCACGACGCGAAGCGCUACUACAGCGCCGUCCCGUUUGACAAGCGGUGGGAUGACAUUCUCAGCUCCCUGGCGGUGCUGGGCAAGGUGUCCGCAGGCAACACGGUGACUCCGUACCACGACAGCGCGAAGGCUUUCGAGAGCAUGUGGGCCGCCGUCGAUACCGCAAAGCAGCGGGUGCACUGGCAGACGUACAUCUGCAAGGAUGACUUUGUUGGGCAGACCACCGUGCACAAACUCGUGCAAGCCCACCAGCGUGGCUGCGACACGGAGCUGCUCUACGACUGCGGUGGCAACAUUUCUGGGCGAAGCCGACUCACGGAGGAGCUGACGCAGUGCGGUGCGAAGGUGAUCCCGUAUCGCCCUUUCUUCCGCAGUGUGUUGCGGUACUUUGUGAAGGGUCUGGACUGGAAGCGCAGUCCCGGUCUCCGCAACCAUCGAAAGAUUUUAUUGGUCGACUCGGAGCAGGGCUUCUGCGGCGGGUUGAACAUCGGCAACGAAUACUGCGGAACGGCUGUCGGCGGCACCGGCAAGUUCCGUGACACCCAGUGCGGUGUCACGGGACCGGCGGCGGCGCACCUGGCGGAGGUCUACCGCGACACGAAGCAGCCGCACCCGUGGAAGUACGGCUGGCGUCGAUGGCGGCAGAUCGCGUCGCAGCAGAUUACGCGUCGGGUGGAGGAGGGCCGCGCACGUAUGGCGCGCAACGAGUUCUACCGGGCCUUUCAGGCGGAGCGAUGGCGAAGCGGGCGGCGACUGCAGGAUAUUCCUUCUGCCUCGGUCAAGGUGAUGCGACUGCGCUGGCAGAAGCAGAAGAAUCAGCUGCGCACCUUGAUGCAGUGGAACAAGGCAGGGACGACAGAUGCCGACUUCGACAUGGAGGCGACGGAGAUCGCGUUGCAGAUGCUGAAGGAGCAGGAGCGCCGCACCGCGACGGACGGCACGGCGAAUGCAACGAAGAAGCCCACAUUGACUAUCACCGACAUUGACACCAUGCGAGAAAGCCUGCAAUCGAAACAGACCGGCCGAGUGGUGGCCGCUGCACCGCAAGACAACAACGUAACGGAGCCGGCGGCGAACGAGUUGAAGCCGCCAGGACCGAAGACAUCCGCGAUGCGCCGCAAGCUGAUGGCUGCGCGACGAGCGGCGCUCUAUCGCGCUACGGAUCUGCCCCACAAGCGGGCCUUCACGGAUAUGCUGCGCCGCAUGCCACUCCUGGAUGAGGAGCCGGUCCCGGAAGCGGAGAUGUACCUGCUGCGCCGUCGACCGACAACGCAAAUCCUCUCGUGCAACCCGCGCUAUCGCGAUUACUCCAUCCAGUACGCGCUGUGGCAGGUCACCCGCAAGUGCCACCGCAGAAUCUGGAUCACCACCCCGUACUACCUGCCCACGCGGAAGCUGUUCGCCGCGCUGAUGCAGGCGGCGAGGCGGGGAGUGGAUGUGCGCCUUCUUGCCGGGAGCAACCAGACAACGGACCCGUGGUUCAUGUGGCACGCGUCCAACUACAUAACGGAGCGGCUUCUCACGGCGGGGGUAAAGAUCUACGAGUUUAAGGGGGAGCAGAUCAUGCACGCCAAAACCGUCGUCGUCGACAGCAUGUGGAGCUCUAUCGGCAGCUACAAUUGGGAUUUGAUGAGCAAUCGCAACUUGGAGGUGUGCCUGUGCCACCUCGACCUGGCAGUGGCGAGAGAGAUGGAGAUGCAAUUUCUGAAGGAUUUGGCGGAGAGCGUCGAGGUACGACUGGAGGAUCACCAGCAGCGCUCCCGAUGGCUGCGCUUCACAUCUUGGCUGUUCUACAAGUGCGUCUUUCUGCUUGACCGCAUCGCUUUCCGCUCCUUCUCGAACGAGGAUGUAGUGGAUAGGCCCGGCGUCCCACGAAAGUAG